AUGUCCGAAAUAAAAAAUCCCAGUGAUGAUGGGUAUUAUAUGCCUCAUCACGCUGUAAUUAAAGAAUCAAGUAAUACUACGAAAGUACGAGUUGUGUUUGAUGCGUCGGCGAAAACGAAUAACGGCUUAUCUCUCAACGAUACAUUAAUGGUAGGUCCAACUAUACAAAAUAAACUAUUUUCACAUUUAAUUCGUUUUCGAUCUUACAAAUACGUCUUAACAGCAGACAUCGAAAAGAUGUAUAGACAGAUUCUCGUACACGAUGAGGAUCGACGUUAUCAACGCAUAUUAUGGCGCGAAAAUGGUGAAAUAAAAACAUUACAAUUAAAUACGCUUACUUUCGGGAUUUCUUCACCGCCAUUUCUCGCAAUCCGAACCAUCAAAAAAUUAGCAGACGAUGAACGAUCUUCAUAUCCUCGGGCAGCCAAAGUAAUUGAGUCACAUCUAUACGUAGAUGAUUUAUUAACCGGCGCUGAGACGAUAAAUGACGCUCGGACGUUGCGAAAUGAAAUAAUAACAUUAUUAGCUCGCGGCGGCUUUAGUAUAAGACAAUGGGCAUCUAACGAUAAACGCGUAGUCAAUGAUUUACCGAUUAGCGCACUACACGAGAAUUUUGCAUUAGAUACAGAUCGCGCUUUAAAAACAUUAGGCGUAACGUGGAAUGCACGCGAUGAUAAGAUAUAUUACGCGACAAAAUCAAUCGGAAAUACAACAAAAAUUACAAAGAGAACUAUAUUAUCAGAGAUUGCCAAAAUAUUUGACCCCUUAGGAUUGCUGGGCCCGGUCAUUUUAUAUAUUAAAAAAAUAAUGCAACACGUCUGGCGAUGUGGUCUACAAUGGGACGAGUCCGUACCGCAAAACAUAUAUACAGAAUGGUUAAAAUUCGUAAAACAAUGGGAAACAAUGGGCCGAGUUUCUUUCCCUCGAAAUUUAUUAAUCGAGAAUUAUCAAAACGUACAAAUACAUGGAUUUUGCGACGCGAGCAAUAUAGGUUACGGUGCAUGUAUAUACGUACGUUCAACGGGAAAACACGGCGAUGUAACCGUUAGAUUGUUAUGUGCCAAAUCGCGAGUAGCGCCAUUAAAAAUAUCUACCAUCCCACGACUUGAAUUAUGCGGAGCAUUAAUAUUAGCACAAUUAUAUCAAGAAAUAAAGGACGUGUUCGGUUUUUACGUCACCAAAGUCAUUUUUUGGAGUGACUCGACUAUAGUAUUACAUUGGUUGAACACAUCGCCACACUUGUUAAAAACGUACAUAGCAAAUCGAGUCGCAAUCAUUCAAGAAAUCACCGGUUCAUAUGAAUGGCGGCACGUCAGAACCGCAGACAAUCCCGCGGACGCGUUAUCAAGAGGCCAAUUGCCUUACGAUUUCUUGCAAAACAACACAUGGUCCACAGGACCUACUUGGCUUAUUAAAGACGCGUCGCAAUGGCCUAAUGAGUUUAAACGUUUAACAGAAAUACCCGAAUUAAAGAAAAACACCUGUUUAACAGUCUUACAUAAGGAUUACGGCUUGUUUAAUAAAUACUCAUCAUAUUCUAAAUUGCUCAGGAUAAUUGCUUGGUGUCUCAGAUUUCGCUCAAACAAUAAAUAUACAGGUAAUUUAUGUGCCGAUGAAAUUAAUAAUGCAGAAUUACGAGUGUUAAAAUUGCUCCAAGACAGUCAAUUCUCGGAGGUAAUUCAAGAAUUAAAAAAGAACAUCGCAUAUAAGGGUAAAUACGCAAAUUUAAACCCGUUCCUUGAUGAAAUCGGACUUAUUCGUGUCAGUGGACGUAUCCAACGAUCCAAUCUCUCAUUUUCGCAGAAACAUCCGAUUCUUCUCCCGAAUCGCCAUCAUAUAACAGAUAACAUCAUUCGCGAACUUCAUGAAAAACAUCAUCAUACAGGUAUUCAAACAACCUUGUACACAUUGAGACAACGUUUUUGGUUAUGUGACGGCCGAAAUCAAGCUGUACAUCUCGAAUUAGUAAGUGAUUUAACAUCGGAUGGUUUUCUUGCGGCUUUACGCCGAUUUAACGCCAGACGCGGUAUUCCCGAACAUAUUUACUCAGACAAGGGUACCAACUUUGUUGGUGCAAAUAACAAAUUAAAGGAAGUAUAUGUGUUAAUAAACUCGGAAGAACAUAAAACACUCGUAAAUCAAUUUGCAAAUCAACACCGUAUUAAAUGGCAUUUUAUACCACCACUCGCUCCCCAUUUUGGUGGAAUGUGGGAAUCAACCGUAAAGUCAUUUAAGCACCACUUCAAACGCGUGAUAGGUGACUCUCUUUUUACAUACGAAGAAUUAGAAACAUUCACAACCGAAGUCGAGGGCAUUUUAAAUUCUAGACCAAUCACGUCCAUUUCAACAGAUCCAAACGACUUACUCGUCUUAUCCCCCGCUCAUUAUCUAAUUGGCAAACCUAUUACUUCUUUGCCGGAAAGCGAUUUAUUAAGUGUUCCAGAAAAUCGUUUAUCCAUCUGGAAACAUAUAUCAAAGGUCCGACAAGACUUCUGGGCAAGAUGGAGUUUAGAAUACUUAAAUGAACUCCAAAUACGAAAUAAAUGGAAAAAAGAUGAAUCAAAGCUUAACAUCGGUUCUGUCAUACUUAUCAAAGACAAAAAUAUUCUAUGCACUCAAUGGGCGUUAGGCAGAGUUACACACGUACACCCUGGUGAAGGUGGAAUUGUACGAGUCGCAACUAUAAAAACAUCUUCAGGAGAAAUUAAAAGAGCUGUGAAAUCAUUAUGUCUGCUGCCUAUAGAAACCGAUUAA